AUGGACAAGAAGCAGAACAUAGACAUCAUAGUUUGGUCUCCUCCAAAAACUGGAAACAUAAAGGUUAACUUCGACGGAGCUAGCCGUUGUAACCCUGGAAAAUCAGGCUAUGGUGCCAUUAUAAGGGACGAAUUUGGUAAUUUUAUUGGGGAAAAUUUUGGUCCUUUAGGAAUCAACACAAAUAAUAUGGCAAAAAUGGCAGGGCUAUUAGCUAGGAUGGAAUGGUUUGUGGUCCGAGGCUUUUGGGACAUAGAAGUAGAGGGAGGGUGCAUUGAGGAUAAGCGUUAUGGUAUCAGUUAUGCCAUGACUGCACAUAGUAUUCGAGGUUUGUCACUUCAGAGAAUAUCUUUCUACGGAAGCUAG